AUGCUUUCAAAAUCGAAGCAUUUGUAUCCUUUAUCACGAUACUUGGCUCGAUCAUGUUCGAAUAGUUACAGACGAGAUUAUCUCAAUCAUAACUAUGGUAGAGUUACAACUCUAUUACAAAAUGCGUUUUCCACUUCAGCCGAGCCACUUAAGACUAAUGAUAAACCUACCAAAGUAGAGCCACCCGAGCAUCCCGGUUGGGUUAAAUAUCCCGUUAAAGACAAAAACGCCGGCAAUUUGAAAAACGAAGAUUUUGUUCCUCCUUCAUUAUCUUGCUGGAUCGAAAACCAUUACUCGGCUGUCCAAAAAGAUGAUAUUGUUGAGAGUGAUGUGGACAAGAUAAGUAAAAUCUUAACAGGCCAAUUCAAAUCCCCGGAUUCAGUCGUUAAAGCAUUGGACACUUGUAAUGUUGAUUUGUCCGAUGAUUUGGUCGAGCAAGUACUGUGUAGAUUUAGCAGCGAGUGGGUCCCGUCACUCGGGUUUUUCAAGUGGGCCGAGUCGCGAAACGGGUUUAAACACCCACCUAACAUUUACAAUCUAAUGGUCAACAACUUGGGGAAAUUGAAAAAAUUCGAGCUGAUGUGGGAUUUAGCAGAGGAAAUGAAAACUCAAGAAGGGUACUUCACUUUGGACACGAUGACCAAAAUCAUGAGGCGGCUCGUAAAAGCCGGGAAGCACGAGGAUGCAAUCGAGGCUUUCGAAAAUUUGGAAUUAUUUGGAAUCGAAAAGGAUACAACAGCCUUGAAUAGAUUAAUCGAAGCAUUUGCAACUCAGGGGAGCGUUGAGGAAGGCGAACGAGUUUAUUUCAAAUUUAAAGAAAAUAUUCCUCCUUCUCAACGGACUUUCAACAUAUUGGUCCAAGGUUGGUGCAAAAUCAAGAAAAUGGGGAAGGCCAAGCUAACUCUUGAUGAGAUGCGAGCCCACGGGUUCGGGCCCAACUUGUUUACCUACACGGGCUUCAUCGAGACCUACUGCUGCGAAAGGGAUUUUCGUAAAGUUGAUGCGACUUUAGCGGAAAUGGAGAGGGAAGGUGUUGAAAUGGAUGUGGCGACGUACACUAUAAUGAUGAAGUCUUAUGGAAAAGCAAAGGAAACCAAAAAAGCAAUGGAGGUUUACGAAUUAAUGAAGAAAAACAAUUGUCCACCCGACGCCUCGUUAUAUACUGCCUUGAUUGGUAUUCUGGGCCGACAAAGCAGAGUUGAAGAAGCGUACGAGGUUUUUGAUGACAUGUCCAGACAAGGAGUGGAGCCCGACUUGUCGACUUACAAUAUGCUGAUUUUGAUCUUGGCAAGCAGGUGUCAAGAGGAGAAGGCGCUUACUUUGCUUAAGAAAAUGGAGGAGAAUAAAUGCAGGCCGAAUUUCUUUACGUACGCUCCCCUACUGAAAAUGUGCUGCGAGUUAAAAAGAAUGAAAGUGCUUACGUUUUUGUUGAGUCACAUGUUUAAAAACAACGUGAGUCUUGAUCCGGUGGCUUAUUCGCUUUUGAUCGGCGGUCUGUGUAGGAAUGGGAAUGCUGCUAAGGCGUGCUCGUUUUUUGAGGAGAUCGUGGAUAAGGGUCUUGUGCCGAUGGAUGGUACGUAUAAGGGUUUGGUUAAAGCACUUAAUGAGAAGGGCUUGCUUGAGGAGAAGGAACGGGUCGAAAAAGCGAUGGCACGGGUUUAA